AUGUAGAAAAACUCAGCUGCAUGUUUUAUGCAAAAACCAGACAAACAAUUCUAUUACAGUUUACUAAGGUAAGAACAAUUAAUACAAACGAAGCCAGAAAUAGAUAUUGUCAAUCAAGCCGUCCAAAUGUAUAGAAAAUGUGUUGAGUAUUUCGAUAGUUUACAAGACCCAAUAAAAUAUUAUUUUCUUGAGAAAAUUUAAACUGCCUUGAGUGAGACCAAAACUUUGAUGUUAAUUAUGAAUACAAAAAAUGAUAUAGCAGAGUAAUCAAUGAGAAAACCUCCAAAAAUUAGUUUCACUGCUGAAAAAAAGCUUACCAAUGAGAUUGAUUAAAUUCAAAUUAAAAAAGCAAGAGUUUAAUAGGUGAAUUUAAUGAUUAAAAUUAAUAAUGAAGCUGAAUAGUAAAGUUUAAAUGUGUAAAAUAUGGUGAAUAAUUAUGCAGAUGAGAGAGAGAAUUUAGAAAAAAAAUUGAAGGAAGAUUUAGAUAGCCAAUAAAAUAAUAUUGAUGCAAGAUUAAUGAAACGAAGAAUGACGUAGAGAAAUAUGACUGUAAGUCAUUCUAUGUAAUAAUUAACUUGA